UACUUCAUCCCAACUAUGCAGCAGAAGAUGAACCUGGAUAUUUUCCUGAUUUGUCUUAGCUCUAUGAUUUCUUUUAACUUUAUUUGUUUCUGUGUGUUGUUACAGGGAACAACAGUAAUAACAUCACUCUCAUCAGUGCUGAAUGACAGCAAGGAAUUUCCCAACCCAGAGAUAUUUGACCCUAGCCACUUUCUAGAUAAGAAUGGAAACUUUAAGAAAAGUGACUACUUCAUGCCAUUUUCAACAGGAAAACGAAUUUGUGCAGGAGAGGGCCUGGCACGAAUGGAGCUGUUUCUAUUUCUCACCACCAUUUUACAGAACUUUAAGCUGAAAUCGCUAGUUAAUACUAAGGAUAUUGAUACAACCCCAGUGCUCAAUGGAUUUGCCUCUGUGCCACCCCAAUACCAGCUCUGCUUUAUUCCUGUCUAAAAAAGAGAAGAUUGCCUAGCCCAAGCCGUAUUGUUUUCUGUAAUUCUCCUCUAGAUCAUCAUUCACCUCCUUCCCCAUCUUGGACAAGAUGUCCUUCCCUCCUCUCAUGUAUUCCCAUUCUGUACCCAGGAAACACCUGUUAACUAUUUUGCAACUUGUUGAAUCACAGUAGAAAUAUAUUGCUAUAUUCUGUUCUCUGCAACUGUGUUAUUAUUCCUUUUGCUAAUGUGUAUCUGGUCUUUAAUCAAAAUAGAACUUGACUGCAAAUCAUGUAAUAAGAGAAUCCAUGGUCAUUUUCUUCUGUAUGUGUUCAGUAAUAAAUAAGUUUGAUUUGUAAA